CGAUUGCGAAGUCGAAGUAAAUAGUCGUAAAAUUGAAUAUUAAUUGUUGAUCUUCAGCCUUUUUAGAGUAUUUCUAAAAUCCGAGUUUUUGUAGAGGAUUGAUAAGUGUGAUAAAUUGUAAGACAUUAUCAGAUGUCAUAAGGUUUGAGGAUUAAUUAAAAUGGCUUCAUAAAAACAUUGGACGGCAACUAUACUAAUCCAACCCCUGGGCAUGGGGAAUAUGCUAGAAAGUGACUCUUCAGCCUCUGACCUUGAAAAUAACGAGGAUAUAAAAGAACGGACUGCUGGGGACGGAAUGGAAAGUGGCCAUAUUACUAACGUUAGCAGAGCUUCCAAUAAUGAUGCCUUUUCGGCUUCUCGUCAGCAAACGCUUCAUGAUUACAAUGGAUUGAAGCAACUGAAUGAGGAACACAAGUUAGAUGACCGACCGAGUUUCAGCUAUGACGUUGUCCAUGACAAGAACGAUAAUGUACAAAACGUGGAAGGAGCCAAGAUCCAGAAUGUAGAAAUUACUUCGAAAUUAGAAGGAUCGAUGCACGCCAAUUCAAUCUCUACUACUGGGGCAAAAUCCAUGUCGGCAUCGCCAAGACAGUUGCCAUCUCGGGAUCUAUUGAUCCCUGUCAGACCUGCUCCAAAGCUUGAUAAUAAACAUGGUGCUUCCGGGCAGUCUUCCGCCUAUAGUCCGUUAGAAAAAUUAAAUGUAAAACAAAAAAACCCCAAGUUCGUGCCGUAUGAACCGUAUAGUGCAGCUACACGGCCCAUCAUUGCUCCUCAAACUCAUAUACGAAAACCUUCGGAUACAUCCUCAAUCAAAUCUCAAUCCAGUACGGUUUCACAUGGUGAUACCACUUCAGUAACCACCGAAGAGGGUAAAUUAUUCAGCAAUGCUGACUUAUCCAAAUCUGUAAGCCCAUGCAGACACGAUGGAAUUCAUUCACCUAAAGUUUCAAGUAAUAACAAUGGUGGCACGCAAUAUCACCACCCAUCUACAACUUUAAUGAAAGAACGCCUAAAAAUGGCACACAAGGAAAUCAACGAUCUACAAUCUGAAAAUACUCGUUUGAAAAAAUUGUUGGUGGAUUCCAUGUCAGGAAGCAGUCUCUCUCCAAAUUCGAUGGGAAGAGUGGGUAUAAACGGUCCUAUGAAUCAAAAUGCUCAAACCACCAACUUUCACCACAGGAAUAAUGAAUGUGUAGACAAUCUAAAUGAUGAAUUAGAAGUAUGGAGAUCAAAGUUCCUCUCGUCAUGCGUAUUAGUAGAUCAACUAACCAAGGACAAUCAUGAUGUGAAGGGAACGGUGUACGAAGCCGCAGAAAUUAUUAAAGACCUGAAGAACACUGCUUCUCUAACUCAAGGGCAAUAUGAAAAUAUUAACGAAUGGCUGCGCAAAACGAAUAAUAUGUACAUGACGUACUCCUCGUCUACACUUCCGGAUAGUAAUUUUUGCGGUGAAGAUUACUUGGAGGAUGCAAACAGUUAGCUGUAAUAUAUAAUUGAUAUUUAACACUCUUCGGGUGGUAAGUUUGCCUUCGUUUGUUUAAAAUGUGCUUUCGAUUGUUGAAAAAACAUCGGGUAAUUUUCGAACAAUUUUAUUGAAUAUUAAAAGUAUCAUAAACAUAUUAAUAUUACAAUUUAAAAUUUUGUAAUAAAAUGUUCAACUUGAAA